GUUCCCUAUUAUUAUAAACUGCAGAUUCCAUAAAUGAGCAAGAACGUCUAAUGCGUGUUAAACUUCAGUACACUGACGCAUACGUCUGCCUCAUAUUAUAUACAGGUUGUGUAAUCACUCGGGGGGUUGGGAAGCUGACACUGAAUGUUAUCGUAGAAUUCGAAUUUUGAGUUUACUGUGGCCAUGCUGACACGCUAACACUUAUGCUGCGCUCUCUCUCUCUCUCUCUCUCUCUCUCUCUCUCUCUCUCUCUCUCUGUCGAUUAAUCACUUUUCCACCCUUUCCUCAGCAUCUGCAGGGGUAGAAUUAGACAAUUUCUCAAGUUGACAGUAGGAGGGCUACUGGGAAAGCCAUAGCGAUAAGGAACACCGCCAACUCGUUCCCUCGUACUCAUUUUUUUUUAUAGGUUGGUGUAUCAAAUGUAAACAUUGCAGAACGUGGUGAACCGGAGUUUUGCGCUUGUCGGGCGGGCAGCGGCUUUUCCUGUUUCCACUCUGUGCAGGUGCUAGUCGCGGAUACAAGAACGGAAGCGGGCGUCACGGGAGGUGAAUAAUCAUUCGUUUCUUCUUUCGAAUUAACUAUAAAAAGUUCGCACUGCAGAGGCUGGAUCUGUUUCCAUCAUUCACUGUUCAGCAGGACGUUCUCGUAGUCAACCGAAUGCCAGGUUUCCCUUUUCGUCUUCACUUUAAGACUGCGUUGUGGCUCAAGCUAUCUUCAUUUUUUAAACAAUAAGGCUCGUUUUAUGGACAACUUUUGGAUCAGUUGAAAAAUGCCUUGUGAUACGUGGCAAGACCUGUGAGUAUUACAUAGCUGCGCUCACCUUUCUCAACAACAGUUGACUCCUAAAGUGAAGAAUGAGUGAAGCAUGUCGUGGCUGAGAGAUGUUCUGUGUGUUCUUUUAGCUGAGUAUCCUCGCUUGAAACGUCUCCUAUGAAUAUUGCAUGAGAUUUUAUGUUGUGCUUUUUUUGGGGUCAACAUUCGCGCCUCCUUUGAAACUUGCACAAAAAUGGUUUUAGAUACUGGACUUACUCUCGACUCCAGAAAGUAAACUCCUAUUCAUCGAACGCCCAAAUGAACUCCCAAAGGCACCUCCACCCAAUACCACUCUCUCACCUCUCAGCCGCUAGCGCAUGAGCUGUGGUCCCCGCAUGGGAGCAAGGCAGUCCAAAGGCCAGGAGGCUGGCUCCAGCCCGCUGCAGGGCGUUUGGACACGGGCUCAGAGCUCCCUCCUGUUCCGCUUGUCCUCUUGCGAGCGCGAGGAGAGCCCUGCGGCAGAAGCUCCGCCGCCGUACCGGCGCCGCGUCUGUAUGAUCCAGGAGAUGCUGCACAUGAUAAAGGAAGGCAGACAUGAAGAGGCAUCUGAGCAACUGAGAAGCCUGAGACAGGAGGCCGAUUCUCUGAGUGCCAUGGAGAAAGUGUGUCGGCAGCUGACAUACCACCUGAGUCCUCACCCGCGCUGGAGAAGGCAAGGGCUUCUAAAAGGCAAGCCCCCGGCCAGUCUGAAGGCAUUCCUCGCCGCCCCUCCUGCUGGCGGUGGUGUGGACCUGUCCGGCUUCGCCCUGUCUCUGUGCGACGCCAAGCGCCUGGCGUCGCACCUGCACCGUCACGCCUCCCACGUGCACUCAGUUGAGCUGGCCUUCACCGGCCUGACAGACGACGCUCUGCUCCUGCUGCUGCCCACACUGGCCGGUUUACCCGCGCUCCAGAGCCUGGCACUCAACGGCAACCGACUGACCCGGGCUGUCCUCCGCCAUCUCACCGAUGCCCUCAGGGACCCAGGCGGCUUCCCAGCGCUCGCUUGGGUCGACCUGGGCAACAACGUGGACAUCUUCUCGCUGCCACAGGCCUUUGUGGUGAGCCUGCGAAAGCGAUGCCCCAAGCAGGGUAGCCUGCCCACUAUCCAGGAGCAGGGUGAGGCGACAGCUGGUGAGCCUGACGAGAGGCACCCUGGGUGGGGGAGCUCGCUGGGUGGCUGGGCCGGGUGUGGUGCGUGCGGGAGCACAGGGCUGGACGAGGACGGGGAAGAUGAGAGGUCCACCUGGACCUCAGGGUCUGAUGAGAGAGGUUGAGGAUGGCAGUGUAAAUGGAAAAUGCAUACAUUUCAGCAGGGUAUCCAGUGGUCUUCAGGGUCUCGAUGGUGGAAUUACCUGUUUCCUGCUUCCCAGAAGUUUUUUUUUUUUUAAUAAAAAUACAAACAUACCUGUGUGAUGGUGGCAGUUUUGAAUCUGAAGGGUUGGGAAAGAAUUGUAAUAAUCAGAGGGAAAUAGGCUGAUGUGCAGGAAAAUCUUCAGCUAUUAGGAGGUUCUCUCUUUAGCUAACUCUCUCCCAGUUUGUUACACUGUUUGCUCAACCAUAUUAGCUAUGGCUAGUUCAACAGAGCAGGGAAGAUUCACGUAAUGCUUUCUAAAGGGUGAGGGAUUGCUGUCCAAAAGCUUCUGUUGUCUCAACUCUUGGCCAAUGGCAGCUAUCAAACUCCUGUUCUGCAUUUUUAAGUCUUAUUAAUCCUGUAGGGGUGCGCAACAAUUAAGUGACAUGAAGUGUCUAUAAAUAAUCCCUUCAUAGAUUAUGAAUUCACUUAUCCAACAGCUCUUGAUUGGGUCAUGAAUUCUAAUGGUUACCUAAAGAGUUACUAAACAGUAACUGCAAAAAUGUGCAAGUCCUGGUUGUAUGAAAAUCAUGUAUGUCAGGUAAUGCCAGCAGCACUUCAGAUGAAAGCCAAUAAAAUGAGAGUGGUCUUUGAACCUGC